UGUGUGUGUCUAUAAAUCACAAUUCCACAGGCUUCUUGCUUUCUCUCAUUGGCUCUUUCUUCUCGCUUCUUCUCCAAUCACCUUGCUGAUCAGAUUCAUAUUAGCGAAGUACAAUUGAGAAAGCAAGAGAGAGAUAGAAUGGGUCGUGGAGUUAGUGCAGGUGGAGGGCAGAGUUCUUUGGGGUAUCUUUUUGGUAGUGGAGAAGCUCCAAAGCCAGUAGCCGUUAACAAAGCUCCAGCUGAAACUCAAAUAUCUGCUCCUGCUCCACCUCCUCAAGCCGCUGCUCCAAAGACUGUUGAUAGCACCAAACAAGUGCCUGCUGGUCUCAAUAGCAACUCCUCAAACAAUUACAUGCGCUCAGAAGGACAGAACACAGGAAACUUCAUCACGGACCGGCCAUCGACCAAGGUUCAUUCUGCUCCAGGAGGUGGCUCGUCUUUGGAUUACCUCUUCGGUGGUGGUAGCAACUAGCAGUACCUGAGGCCAAACCUUGGUCACUAUAUGUUACUUUAUCCCAAGUCUCUUUUAUGUCAUUCUUGUGGAACCUCUUGUUCCCUUGCAAAAAAUAAUUAAUCUAUGAUAUCUUAGUUUAGUAUACAAAUGUGCUUCGAAAUCUUGUAUGGUUCUAUUUCAAACAAUAACAAAUCUGUCUCAGUUCUACUUGUUCUUAA